AUGGUGUUGGUUCCAAAAUACAAAAAGGCUAAGGGACAACAUAAAUCAAUGAGAAGUGACUUGAAUCUAGCCAAGAAUGUAAUCAAGAAGUUUGAGCAUCCAGUAAUUCAAGGAAAAACCAUGUAUUCAUAUUUCAGUGGUGGUUCAAAUGAAGGAGGAACGUGGAGAAGUAUUGGAAGUGCAGCCAACACAGAUGGUCCAGCAACCAUAAGUGACCUACAUUCCUUUAUCGAAGCCUUUAUCUCAUCCAAGAAGGCUGGUACACACUCUCUUGACUUUAAACUUAUCAUUAUAGAUUCAGGAGCAAACCAUCACAUGAUUAGUGAUAGGAACUUGAUUAGUGAUGUACAACCUGCCUCAGAUAAUGUUCUUAUAGCAAAUGGUGAUAAGUUUACAUCAAACCUGCUGUCUAUGAGAAAGGCUACGGUUGAUCUUAGUUGUCAGGUUGUCUUCAGACCAGAUGGGGUUGAAUUUCAAGACUUAAAGACAGGCCAGAUGAUUGGAAAAGGGCAUGUUCACAACAAAUUCUACCAUCUUCAGAAGACAGGGAUGUCCGAACCAUCUACUUCUCGUUGCUUGGCCAGUACAUCCAGCAGGGUUGAUAGCACAUUAUGGCAUGCUAGGUUGGGGCAUCCUCAUACCAGAGCCCUAAACUUGAUGCUUCCAAAUGCAGUCUUCAAGAAUGAUGAUUGUGAAACUUGCAUAUUGGGGAAGCAUUAUAAGACAGUUUUCCCACAGUCUAGCACCAUCAAUGAAAGAUGUUUUGACCUAGCUCACUCUGAUGUAUGGACUGCUUCGUGUGUGUCAAGAGAGAACCACAAAUACUUUGCCACCUUCAUUGAUGAGAAGUCCAAAUACACUUGGGUGACACUGAUUCAGUCUAAGGACAAGGUAUUGGGAGCUUUCAAGAAUUUCCAGACCCAUAUUUGCAACCAUUUCAAUGCCAAGCUGAAAAUUCUCAGGACCCCAACCAAAGUCCUCAACGACAUGUCUCCAUUUGAGGUCCUAAACAAGACCAAGCCAUCUUUGGACCAUUUCCGUGUGUUUGGGUGCCUCUGUUUUGUGUUGAUACCAGGGGAGAAGAGAAACAAACUUGAGGCUAAAAGAUCAAAAGCUAUGUUUGUUGGCUACUCUCCAACACAAAAGGGAUAUACGUGUUAUGAUCCAGUGGCAAGAAGGGUAUUGGUUUCAAGGGAUGUGAAGUUUGUGGAAUCAAAAGGGUACUAUGAUGAGAAGAGUUGGGAAAGCCUUCAGGAUCUCUCACAAGGACUUUCAGAUAGGGCAAACAACUUGAGAAUCAUUCUGGAGAGUCUAGGCAUCAGUCAUCCUCGGAGCAUUGAGGUACCAAGGACUUCUCCUUCACCACCAGCUGCUGGAAACAAUGAAGAAGCAGCACCAGUUGUUGAAACAGUCCAUCCUGAUCUUGAGUUGGGCAAUGAACCCGAAUCACAGUCGCAAGAAAGAGAUGAUUCAGCAAGCACACAUGAUCAAGAUGGAGUUGAAUCUGAUCAGUUAAGUGAAGAUCAGUUUAUUGGAGAACAAGUACAUGAAGAGGCAGUGGUGGAAGAGCAGCAAAUUAAACCAUUGAGAAGGAGUACAAGAGUGAAGAAACCAUCCAAGUGGGUCGACACCAGAGUGUACUUCAACAACAAUGCAAUGGCUCACCCUAUCCAAGCAACCUGCUCUUUUGCGAGUUAUCCUCAAGAGCAUGUAGUCUUUAUCAGCAAUCUGGAUCAAGAAUAUGUUCCAAAUACUUAUGAAGAAGCCAUGGAACAUGAAGAGUGGAGAAAGUCAGUUGGAGAUGAAGUUGGUGCCAUGAUCAAGAAUGAUACUUGGUAUGAAACUGAGCUUCCCAAAGGAAAGAAAGCUUUUACAAGCCGACUGCUCUUCACCAUCAAGUAUCUUGCCAAUGGAAAACCAUAA